AUGGACCCUAUACCAUGCAUUAUACUCGCCUUCCUCUUCGCGGCCAGCAUACGCGAAAACACCGCCCUCCAGUGUUACUGUGAACGCUGCAGCACCAACACCAGCUGCACCACGGAUGGGAUCUGCUACGUGGCCAUCCGCCGCAAAGGAAGCCAGCUGAUCACCGAACGGAGCAUGUGCGUCCACGAGAGCGAGCUGUUCCCGCGCGACCGGCCCUUCAUCUGCGCCCAGUCCAGCAAGCAUGAGGCGGGCAUCUUCCCCAUCUGCUGCCUCACCGACUACUGCAACAAGAACCCCGACCCCACCAGCAUCCCAAUGCCCUCAGCGAAGACCCCUACACUGGGUCCUGUGGCUCUGGCAGCUGUGAUCGCGGGGCCAGUGUGUGUGCUGUGUCUGCUGCUGGUGGUGGCCUUCUACGUGUGCCACAGUCACAGGGGUCUGGGGGCCGGGGGGGCAGCCCACCACCACCGGGUCCCCAAUGAGGAGGACCCACACAUGGACCACCCCUUCAUCACUGUGGGCACGACGCUGAAAGACCUGAUCUACGACAUGACCACCUCUGGAUCAGGAUCCGGUCUGCCGCUCCUGGUGCAAAGGACCAUUGCCCGGACCAUCAUCCUGCAGGAGAGCAUCGGGAAAGGCCGCUUUGGGGAGGUGUGGAGGGGAAAGUGGCGUGGCGAGGAGGUGGCGGUCAAAAUCUUCUCAUCCCGCGAAGAACGCUCCUGGUUCAGAGAGGCCGAGAUCUACCAGACCGUCAUGCUGCGCCACGAGAACAUCCUGGGAUUUAUCGCCGCAGACAACAAAGAUAACGGCACGUGGACUCAGCUGUGGCUGGUGUCGGACUACCACGAGCACGGCUCCCUGUUCGACUACCUGAACCGCUACACCGUCACCGUGGAGGGAAUGAUCAAACUGUCCCUGUCCACCGCCAGCGGCCUGGCCCACCUGCACAUGGAGAUCGUGGGCACGCAAGGUAAACCCGCCAUCGCACACAGAGACCUGAAGUCCAAGAACAUCCUGGUGAAGAAGAACGGCACGUGUUGCAUCGCUGACCUGGGGCUGGCCGUUCGCCACGACUCCGCCACAGACACCAUUGACAUCGCCCCCAACCACCGGGUCGGAACCAAGAGGUACAUGGCUCCGGAGGUUCUGGACGACUCUAUAAACAUGAAACACUUUGAGUCAUUCAAACGCGCAGACAUUUACGCCAUGGGGCUGGUGUUCUGGGAAAUCGCCAGUCGCUGCUCGAUGGGAGGUAUACACGAAGACUACCAGCUGCCCUACUACGACCUGGUGCAGUCCGACCCCUCUGUGGAGGAGAUGAGGAAGGUUGUGUGCGAGCAGAAACUUCGGCCCAACAUUCCAAACCGCUGGCAAAGCUGCGAGGCCCUGCGGGUAAUGGCCAAGAUCAUGAGGGAGUGCUGGUAUGCUAACGGCGCGGCUCGCCUCACAGCUCUGCGCAUCAAGAAGACCCUGUCCCAGCUCAGCCAACAGGAGGGCAUCAAGAUUAUCACCAACCCAGCGUUUGAAAAUCACUGGCAGACGACAUCCCGACCAAACUCCUCCUCCUUCCUCUCGCCGCCGCGGCCCUUCAGCACGCCGCCACCCGCAGCAGCGCAGGCAGAGCCACCUCAGACUAUGCCAGGUCUCAGCCCACUCGAGUGA